UCCACCAGCUUGUCGUUAAAAAACGAGCAACAUCCCGCUUUUGCAGCAGGGUGCCAUCGCCCAGGCACAGGGCGCUAGCGGAGGUUUAUGUCGGGCAGCCACGGCGAUCUAUUAGAUCAUUAAAUCGGUGCUCAACAGCCUCAGAGGAGGAAGAGAAGCAGGAGAAAUAGUUUUGCUGGUCACGCGUCCCACGUAAACUGCCCUGCUUCCUGCUACGAGCCGUCGGGUGGGUACAGACGGCAGCAACCCCAGAACAGCCCCGCCGCCCUGCCGAGCUCAGCCCAUCUCACUGAGAGGAGGUUGUCAGGAUGGCAAACUUCAAGGGUCACGCGCUCCCAGGCAGUUUCUUCCUGCUCUUUGGGCUCUGGUGGUCUGUGAAAUACCCGCUGCAGUAUCUCAGCCAGAAAGUAAAUAAGAAAUACCACAGGAUUUAUUGCUUCCAGCGCGUGGAUGCCAUCGAAGGGGGAAUCAAAAUCAUCUUUGCUCUGAUAGGGAUGCUGGCAGAGCAGUUCGUCCCGGAUGGCCCCCACUUGUACCUCUACAGCGGGGGGAACCGUGACUGGGUGAAGCUGAUGAACUGGCAGCACACCACCAUGUACCUCUUCUACGGCCUCUCCGGGGUGGUGGAUGUCUUCACUUACACCUCCCAGGUGGUGCCGCGGGGUCUGGAUCGCCUCAUGCUCUCCGUGGCUGUGUUCGUUGAAGGUUGUCUCUUUUAUUACCAUGUCCUUCACCGCCCCAUGUUGGAUCAGCAUAUCCACUCCCUGCUGCUCAUCGCCAUCUUUUCAGGGGCCUUCAGCACCAUGCUGGAGGUCUUCCUCCGUGACAACAUUGUCCUGGAGAUGUUCAGAGCUGGAGUCACCAUCGUCCAGGGAACGUGGUUCUGGCAGAUCGGUGUCGUGCUCUUCCAGCCAUGGGGAGGCCCCACGUGGGAUGAGAAGGACCACAGCAACAUCAUGUUCCUCACCAUGUGCUUCUUCUGGCACUGGGCAGCCGCUGUGGCCACCCUGGCUAUCAACUACACCCUCGCUUACUGCUGCAUCCAGAGGUGCAGGAGAGGCAGCGCGGAGCCCUACAUCGGUCUGGGAGUCCGGCAGCAAAAGUGUGACACGAGCUCCCAAGCUGCCUUCUUAAAUGGAUCUGAUGAAGAGUGAAGAGGGUGCAAUCUCCUUCUCCAAAUACAUGAAGAAUCUGUUUUCUAGAAGGAAUCAAAAAAAUCUAAUUACAUAUUUAUGGUUUGGAAGGGUGAAGAGAGGUGCCACCUCUCUGCUGCUGGGAAGCACAUGGAGCACACCGCGGGCAGCUGCCCUCCAUGCCUCCCUGAACAUCACCCUCUCUGAAAUGAGCACAAUUUGGGGUGAUUUUUAGCAGCCAAAAUAAGCACAGAAACUUAAUGUGAUGAGAUGGCUUCAUCCGAUGGGUUCCCACGUGUGUUUCCGUAGUGAUGGAGGGCAUCCUUGGGCCAGCUGACUUUUCCAAGAGCCUGGAGGCUUUGACGUGCCGUGAUUGAAGUCAGGGAAACCUCCAGGCUGAGGUCAGGUACCUCUGGACCAAAGCAUCAUCUCAAGGAGGAAGAGUAGAAGAGUGCUGAAUGUGAGAUUGUGUCAAAUUUGCACCGCCACAGCUUGAUUGUAUGCAGUACUGAUUUUAUUACCGAAGCUUUGAACUAAAGAGAGGUUUUGUUAAUAGUUUUCUCAUUCGCUUAAAGGCUGAAAAAGCGAAUAAAUGUGAAAUAAAAAAAUCCGUAGUGAGCUGAUAUCCUUAAAUUUAAGACUGAUAAAUUAUAGAGUGUGUAAUAAUAGCUUAGACAAAUCCAUCCCUCAGACCUGUAAAGCUUGAAGGACUGUAAGAUACACAGCUUAGCAGCAGGGAUUCGUAAAACGUCCCAGUUUCCCAUUGAAAAUAAACCUCUCAGCUUGGAAAGUGAGAUGAAACAGGCACAGGUUUUGUUUUUAGCCUGCCUUUGCCACCUAAUCUCUUGUAAAAAGUGACUGGAAAUGUCACCUCCUAGAUAGGAGGAAAAUACACCAGUAGUGAG